CGAUAUGAAAGUAGUGCCGACUCUUAACUUAUGUCUUGUUUGUGCUGAUAGUCUAUUCUAUUGCAUUGAUAAAAAAAUUGUAGGUUUAUAUACCUACUAUAAAUCGUAACACUUGCCAAAUAAUGUGUAACAAGGUAAUUGGACGUAAAUAAGCACUAAACCAGGGCACUGUAAUUAUUGAUACAAGCCUAUCUCAGGAAUGAAACCAUGGAGUACCUAGACAGGAUUUAUCGCAGUGUAAGAGGACAAAUCUGCAACUUACCGGUUUCGCUACCAAAAACCAUUGAAUAUGUUAAUAAAUCCGUGAACAAAGUUAGAUUGCCUCCUUUCACAAAGGACAAUGUCUUGUACUAUUAUUUACCUUUGCAAGGUCUAGUUAGUUACACAACUUUAUCCAUCAGUGUUAUGAAUCCUCAUUUGAUGGUCAGGUUGUUCCCAAGGCGUGAUAUUACUGAUGUAUUAUUUUUAACUGCUGGUGGAGGUGCCGGGCUUUGGUUAUGGGCCAGACCACAUAUAGCAGCUGCUGCUCCAGCUCGAAGAUUCUCUUGGGCAUUCCUGGGAGGUUGCUUGUGGCCUCUAGGUUCCAUUUUUUUGUGGGCCAUUUUGAGAAGCUCUGUUGGUCAAAGACCUAUUAUUGGCACAAUAUUAGGAGUAACUACAGGUGCCAUGCUUACAAAUAUUGCUUUAGAUUAUUUUCAUUAUGUAGAACUCAUGUUUUGUGGAGAGGUCCACCUUCCAGAGGAAACAUAUACUCCUAAUAGUGAUGAUGAAAAAUAUGACAUUGAUAUUUAAAUUUAUAUUUUAUACACAGUAUUUUUGUAAAUUAUAAAAUUGCAAAACAAUACAAAUUUGUUUAUGGACAUAAUUUGUAAUCUGGUAGUCUAAGGAAACAGUAUUUAUAUAUGAAUGUGGUGAAAUCAAAUUAAUUUAUUGCACUUAGUAACUUUGUUAUGUUGUGACUUAUCUAGUCUUUUCACUGACCGCUUCGAAUAAAUUAUUAAAAUAAAA